UAAGAUUACUGGGAAGGUUAUAUAAAUUUAUUUUAUAUAUAUCAAAUAUCAAAAUGUACUAUAUCGCUGUUUUGGUUUCUAUAUUUUGCGCUGGGGAGGUAUUGGCAAUGAGACGUGAGUAUUUCAUUGCAAUGGAAGAAAUAUUUUGGAAUUACAACGGCCCUGAAAACAGCUCAGUUUCUAGGGAUCGUGGACCGGCCAGGAUAGGAGGAGAAUAUAAGAAAGCAGUUUUUCGUCAAUACACUGAUUCAACCUUCAGCACACGAAGUCCGAGACCGGAGUCAUUGGGAUUAUUUGGUCCUAUUAUUAGAGCUGAGGUGAACGACACGAUCGUUGUUUACGCUUUUAAUCGGGCGUCCCGACCAUAUAGCAUUCAUCCACAUGGCGUUUUUUACGAGAAAUCCAGUGAGGGAGCGUUGUACUCGGACAACACAACAUCUUCAGAUAAAGUCGAUGACACAAUUCCACCCGGAGGAAAACAUAAAUACAUCUGGGAAGUUAGAGACGCAUAUGCUCCAGGAAAGGAGGAUCCAAAUUGCCUGACGUGGGCUUAUCAUUCUCAUGUUCACUCGUCAAGAGAUCAACACACUGGCUUAAUCGGAACUCUCCUCACGUGCAAAGAAGGAACAUUGACAUCCGCGGGACAUCGUAAAGAUGUAGAUCGUGAAUUUGCAAUUAUUGUCUUCGUCAUUGACGAAAAUGAAAGUUGGUACAUUGACGAAAAUAUUAAGGCAAGAAGGCGGCUCACUAAUAAUUUUAAAAUUAUUUUUGUGUAA